AUGGAGUCACUAAACUGUAUCAAAACUGAGGACAAAAGGAAGAAUAGAGCAAAAGAGAAACAAGAUUGCCCGAGAGGCUUAAAACACUUUGACCCACACGAGACCACAAACAGACACGAUUAUGUGGCUCAUCCUUAUUCCAGACCGACCAUAUUCCGAACCGGCUGCUUGACUGAGAGUAAGAGGAACAAUCCCCACCCCAACAAAACCUUCAUGAUAUACCAUCUGCAUCGCAAAGAACACGACAAGGACCACAAGAUCGAUGAUUGUUGGGAUAAACCACUGAGUGAGGAUGAAGUGUUCAAGCGGCUCAGUGGGGAUUACUGCACUAUGUACCGGAAAGAAUUCCCAGAUAAGUUUAAAGAUUUUGAGAUGAAACCCAUUAUCCCCAGACCCCCUGACUGGAAGAAGGAAGUCCCACAUCCCCUCAUUUCUGAAUUCCGGGAUAAGUUUCGCUUACCGUACAUAAACUGCGAGCUGAUGGUUGAUACCUCCCGAUAUGGAAGCAAUGCCCACCGGGAUUAUCCUCCCAAAGGAAUAACUCCAAAUGUAACUUACGCUCAUGUCAAAAACCAGGAGAAAAGGAAAAAGAUGACCACCUACCAGACGGACUACAGCAACGUCUACGAUGGACUCGCCUCAAUCCUAAAAAACAUGGAACCUGCCAGAAUCAAUGCCCACCUGUGCACGGUGUCUAAGAGGGACAAAGCUCUGCUGCAAAAGUUCCUCAAGAGUGUGGUCUCACCCUGUAAAACGAGGCCCACAGCAUCCAGGAUCUGCUAG